GAUCAUUCAGAUCUAUCUAUCUUUCACCUUCAUACCCGUUAACGUUCAAUCGCAACGCUUCAUCAAUGGCAGGAAGAGGCAAAACCCUAGGCUCCGGAGCCGCAAAGAAGGCCACAUCACGUAGCAGCAAAGCCGGUCUUCAGUUUCCGGUCGGUCGUAUCGCCCGGUUUUUGAAAGCCGGUAAGUACGCCGAGCGUGUUGGUGCCGGUGCUCCGGUCUACCUAGCUGCCGUACUUGAAUAUCUUGCCGCUGAGGUGCUUGAAUUGGCGGGAAACGCAGCGAGAGAUAACAAGAAGACUAGAAUUGUACCAAGACACAUCCAAUUGGCGGUGAGAAACGAUGAGGAGUUGAGUAAGCUUCUUGGUGACGUCACCAUUGCUAAUGGUGGUGUGAUGCCCAACAUUCAUAACCUUUUGCUCCCCAAGAAGGCUGCUGGGUCUUCAAAGACUUCUGCUGAUGAUGAGUAAACAAGUUUGGGAAUUGGGGGUUGUUGUUAUGGUUUUUUUGGGUGUUGAAGAUGUGGUUUAGUGGUUGUUGUUAGAGAUAGGGGUUUAAUUAGAUUAUUAUAUGUUAUAUACUGUUGAGUUUAAUGAAAAAAGGGUUCCUUGUUAAGUUCAA